UUGCAACCGGAAGUGGCCUCCGAGUUGCCCGGAUGUUCCGCGCUGCUAUCUUCCCGCUAAAGACGACGACGACGAAGCUAGCGGCCCAACGGCGGCGGCUCUGAGGGGAAAAAUACAACAACAGAGACAACAACAGAGACAAUAACAACAACAACAGAGACAAUAACAACAAUAACAACAACAGAGAGAGACACUUACUCCUUGGCAACCGAGCUUUAACGAGACGUUUAUUUUUUUUCCCUCUCGUGUGUGUUGUGUAUCGCCGCGCUAAAGACGAUCGCCAGCGAAGAUGACGGAGCAGCAGCUGGAUUGUGCGCUGGACCUGAUGAGACGUCUGCCUCCGCAGCAGAUCGAGAAGAAUCUCAGCGACCUCAUUGACCUGGUGCCGAGUCUGUGUGAGGAUCUCCUCUCGUCAGUGGACCAGCCGCUGAAGAUCGCUCGCGACAAGCUGGUGGGCAAAGACUACCUCCUGUGUGACUACAACCGUGACGGAGACUCGUACCGCUCCCCGUGGAGUAACAAGUAUGACCCGUCUCUGGAGGAUGGAGCCAUGCCCUCCGCACGUCUCCGCAAGCUCGAAAUUGAGGCCAACGCAGCGUUCGACCAGUACCGAGACCUCUACUUUGAGGGUGGCGUGUCGUCAGUGUACCUGUGGGAUCUGGACCAUGGCUUCGCCGGCGUCAUCCUCAUCAAGAAGGCCGGGGACGGAUCCAAGAAGAUCAAAGGCUGCUGGGACUCCAUUCAUGUCGUGGAAGUGCAGGAGAAAUCGAGUGGACGGAGUGCCCACUAUAAGCUCACCUCCACCGCCAUGCUGUGGUUGCAGACCAACAAGGAGGGGUCUGGUACCAUGAACCUGGGUGGUAGCCUCACCAGACAGGUGGAGAAGGAUGAGGCUGUGAGUGACGCUUCACCUCACAUCGCCAACAUCGGCCGCCUGGUGGAGGACAUGGAGAAUAAGAUCCGGAACACUCUGAAUGACAUCUACUUUGGGAAAACCAAGGAUAUCGUCAAUGGUCUGAGGAGCCUGCAGUCUGCCUCUGACAAAUGUCGUCAGGACGCCCUGCGCAGUGACCUGGCAGCAGCGCUCAAGAAGCGUCAGGAAAACUAAAACCUCCUCCUCCUCACCACCACUCACUACUCACCACUACUCACCACUCCUCACCACUACUUACCACCACUCCUCACCACCACUCCUCACCACCAUGCCCUGCGCAGUGACCUGGCAGCAGCGCUCAAGAAGCGUCAGGAAAACUAAAACCUCCUCCUCACCACCACUCACCACCACUCACCACCACUCCUCACCACUCACCACCACACUCACCACUCACCACCACACUCACCACCCUCACCACCA